UUGCAGAAACGACAGAGAACCGUGGAGGACUUCAACCAGUUCUGCACCUUUGUUCUGGCCUACGCGGGCUACAUCCCCUACCCCGAGGAGCCCUGGCCCCACGGAGGCAGCAUGAGCCCCCAGAACAGCACCGGGAGCACUCAGGACAGCGAUAGCUGGGCCUCGUCCCACUCCUCUGACUGCCAGGUCCUCUCGGACGAGGGGAGGAGCAGGAAUACCACAUUCCGGGGGGCUGUGGAUGGCAGUCUGCUCGUGGGCUGCCCUGCCUUCCCCGCCAGCUUCUACGAUGUCCGGCCCCAGCCGACCAAACGGAAGAAACCACCAGCAAAGAAACUAAUUCUGGAGCAGGAGGUGGAGAAGAGGGUGCUGCCAAGCGCUGGGAAGGGCUCUGGGGCGGAGCGGGAUGGGGUGAAGGAGCUGGCCGCGCUGGAGGGACACGUGCCUCCCGUGAAGGAGCAGCUCCUGGAGCCUUCCCUUGACCCUGCUGGGGACCCCCAGCCCCACUCCCUCCUGGAGGAGCUGAUGAAGGAGGAGAAGGACUGGAUGCACGGAGCACAGGGGACCGAGAAGCCAGCAGAUGAUGACCCUCAGCUAAAGGAGCACGACUCCUGCGCCGGAGGGGGGAAAAGCCCCAGUUCUUGUAGUACCUUGGACCAAAGCGAAGGGGAAGACGCAAGCAGAGGGAGCUCCCAGCUUAGUGCAGUUGAAUUCGCAGCAGCUCCCAACACCAAAGCAGAAGACGACGAUGCCUGGGAUCUGAUCACCUGCUUCUGCCUGAAGCCCUUCGCGGGGAGGCCCAUGAUCGAAUGUAACGAAUGCGCUACCUGGAUCCACCUCUCUUGUGCCAAGAUCCGCAAAUCCAACGUGCCUGAGGUUUUCAUCUGCCAGCGAUGCCGCGACGCCAAGCAGGAGAUCCGCCGCUCGAACCGAGCCCGGACGGUGCCCCGCAAGCGCUUCUGUGACUGA